GAGCGCGUCUGCGACGGUAGUGACGUGUGUUGCCCGAAGGAUGGCGGACGCCGGCUUGCGCCGCGUGGUUCCCAGCGAUCUGUACCCCCUCGUGCUCGGCUUUCUACGGGAUAACCAGCUGUCGGAGGUGGCCAAUAAGUUCGCCAAGGCAACGGGCGCUACCCAGCAGGAUGCCAAUGCCUCUUCCCUCUUGGACAUCUAUAGCUUCUGGCUCAACAGGUCCACCAAGGCCCCAAAGCGGAAGUUACAAGCAAAUGGACCUGUAGCUAAGAAGGCUAAGAAGACCUCAUCCAGUGACAGCAGUGAGGACAGCAGCGAGGAAGAUAACACUCAAGGACCUCCAGCUAAGAAAGUUGCUGUACCUGCCAAGCGGGCCGGUGUGCCUCAGCAUCCUGGAAAGGGUGCAGCCAAAGCAUCUGAAAGCAGCAGUGAAGAAUCCAGUGAUGAUGAGGAGGAGGACAAAAAGAAAAAGCCUGUUCAGAAAGUAGCUAAGCCCCAAGCCAAGGUGGUCAAAGUUCCUCCGAAGAAUAAGGCGGCUGAGAGUUCUGAUUCUGACUCUGACUCAAGUUCAGAGGAUGAGGCACCAAAGAACCAGAAGCCAAAGACGACACCUGUAACAGUUAAAGCUCAGGCAAAAGCCUCAGUCAAACCAGGUAUUCCAGCUCGGACAGCACCCAAAGUAGCCAAUGGCAAAGCAGCUAGCAGCAGCAGCAGCAGCAGCAGCAGCAGCAGCAGCAGUGAUGACUCAGAGGAAGAGAAGGCAGCAGCCACUGCUAAGAAGGCUAUGCCUAAAAAGCAGGCUGUCGUGAAGGCCCCAGUGAAAGCAGCUGCUGCCCCUACGCAAAAGAGUUCCAGCAGUGAGGACUCCUCCAGUGAAGAAGAGGAAGAAGAGCAGAAAAAACCUGUGAAGAAAAAGCCAGGACCCUAUAGUUCAGUCCCCCCGCCUUCUGGUCCCCCACCCAAGAAGUCCCUAGGAACCCAGGCUCCCAAGAAAGCUGCAGAGAAGAACCAGCCGGUGGAGAGUAGUGAGGACAGCAGUGAUGAGUCUGAUUCAAGUUCUGAAGAAGAAAAGAAACCCCCAGCUAAGGCAGGCAUGACAAAAGCAGCUGCUAAACCAGUUCCAGCAAAGAAGGCAACAGAGAGCUCUUCAGACAGCUCAGAUUCGGACAGUUCUGAGGAUGAAGCUCCUGCCAAGCCAGUCAGUACCUCUAAGAGUCCUUCAAGUAAACCAGCUGCUACUCCCAAGCAGCUUGCAGCUAAACCAGCCAUAACUCCCAAGCAGCCUGCGGCCAGUGGCCAGAAGCCUCUGACUAGAAAGGCCGAUAGCAGCUCCAGUGAGGAGGAGAGCAGUUCUAGUGAGGAGGAAGUAGAGACAAAGAAGACUGUGGCCACCCCUAAGGCUACCCCUAAGGUGGCAGCCAAAGCAACGCCAUCUCUGCCCACCAAACAGGCCUCUCAGGGUGGUGAGGAUAGCAGCUCUGACUCGGAUAGCUCCAGCAGCGAGGAAGAGGAAGAAGAGAAGACAUCUAAAACCCCAGCUAAAAAGAAGCCACAGAAGGCAGCAGGAACUAUAACUCCAUCCAAGCCAGCCUCCAAAAAGAAAGUAAAGGCUGGGAGCGACAGCAGUUCUUCCUCUGAUGACUCCAGUGAAGAGGAGGAAGAGGAGAAGCCCAAAGGCAAGAGCACUCCACGACUACAAACCCCCAAAACCAAUGGUACCUCUGUGCUGACUGCCCAGAAUGGUAAAGCAGAUAGGAACAGUGAGGAAGAGGAGGAAGAAAAGAAAAAGGCAACAGUGGCAGUCUCCAAGCCAGGUUCAGGAAAGAAGCGGAAGCAGAAUGAGGCUGCCAAGGAAGCCAAGGAGGCGGAUACUCCUCAAGCCAAGAAGAUAAAGCUUCAGACCCCCAACACAUUUCCCAAAAGGAAGAAAGGAGAAAAAAGGGCAUCGUCCCCAUUCCGGAGAAUCAGGGAGGAGGAAAUUGAGGUGGAUGCCCGAGUAGCAGAUAACUCCUUUGAUGCCAAGCGAGGUGCAGCCGGGGACUGGGGAGAGCGAGCCAAUCAGGUUCUGAAGUUCACGAAAGGCAAAUCCUUCCGUCAUGAGAAAACCAAGAAGAAGCGGGGUAGCUACCGGGGAGGCUCCAUCUCUGUCCAGGUCAAUUCCAUUAAGUUCGACAGCGAGUGACCUCUGAAAUGGCCGACAAAGCAGGGAUGAAUAUCAGAGACCACUUACUUUUCCCAGCUGACCUGGGAGCCCUUGGCUGUUAGAGCGGAGUGUUGAGGACAGCAAUUUAGAAUAGGUCCGAAGACAUUGCAUCAUAACAUCUCUGGUCUUUUUCUGUGUUCUGUAGUUUUGUACAGAUUUGUUUUUGAGUGUUGAGUAACAAGGACAAGGCAAGGGGAAUGGGAGUGUUAUUUUUUUUUUAAGGAAAUUCAUUUUAGUUGUCACUCUCUCCCUGUUCACUGAGAUAUUUGUAUAUUUUAUAUUAAAUCAUUUCCUAUUGAUUUUUGUUGUGAUUUUUAGAAGUGGGUUCCCACAGAUAAAAUCCUAGCUGUUGCUCAAGACAUACUAAAGGUCAUCUGUGAAUUUGUCCAACUGGUGAAUUAUGCCUGUGUGAGUACACAGGUCCACACCUCAUCCCUCCUACCUCCUGUUUAGGGGUGAAGAGUGGUUAAUCCAUGUGUCCAUGAAGCAUGCACUCUGUUGUUCAUCCUUAUUCAUUGGUUCUAAGUCUGAGGUUUUCAGCCAGUAUGGGUUUACCUACUUUUUUGGGUCACUGUUUUAUUGUAGGCAAAAUUCUGGUAUGGUGUGAAUGUCAUGGGUCUGUUAGAAUAGCUUAUUUUUUGCAAUUUUACCAUGUGUAUCUGCGACACAUUUGGUUUUUUGUAAUUUGAAAGCAAAUUUUUCUAUCGUUCAAAGAUUUUGUAAUGACUUAACACUUAACUAGUGUUGAGUACUAAAUUGAGUAUGGCUCCUUUUUUUUUUUUUUGGUACAUUUUAGAGUACAAAAUUGUGUUAAUUUAAUCUGAAAAGCACAUAUCACUUGAUAUUUCUGUGUCGAUAGGAGCGAUGACACAAAAUUGGUCUCAUUAAUUCCUAAAUGGCUGGGAUUCAAUGCUUAAAGAAGUUAAAGAAGAAAAACUUAAUUAAAACCUCAAUUUUCCAUAGUUAGAUUACAAUAGUCUGGUGAAUUUAGACGUAACCUGUGUCUGUACUAGUAGAGGUGGGAAGAACCUUUAUGAAGUAUAUUAUCAAUAAAACUGGAGAGGGUCUGAGAGAGCAUCCUAACAGGAAAAUUGUGUUUUGUAAUUGGUGUGUGGGAGCAAUUGAUGUGCCCUCUUUAGAGCCUUGACUGUCAGCCAUAGUGGAGGUAACAAAUGAGCAGAGACGGGACUCCUAGGCCAAGCAGAUUGAUGUAAAGCUGUAGAAGAGUUGGCAGUGCUCAGCCAGAGCAAAAUGUGGAGGAAACAGUCAAGUGUGGAAGCAAGGCUAUCCCUGUGGUGGGAGGAUGUGCUCUGGCUUCAUGGCUGAGGUAUGUGGUCUUAAGAUGAGUUUCCUUGAUUUGAGUUCCAUACUCUGAGUAACCUGAUAAUACCCGAGUUUUCCUUGUAACUGCCUCUGGGAAGAAAAUGCGCUGUUCAUGCUGACAUAAAUAUUUAAGUCUGCAUGGUAAAACUUAAACCUCUUACUACAAAAUAAUAAAUUGCUGGUUUAUAAUGUG